AUGAUAACAACUUCCAUCUUCUUGGAUUCUCUUGAAGAACGAUUGGAAUGUAUUGAAAAUAGUUUGGGAAAAAUAGAUGACUCCGAAAAUAAUUAUUCAUUUCAAAAUAAAAUUGAUGAAAUCCAAACUGUUCUAACAGAGUUAUUACCAUCAUCAGAAAAAUAUGAUUGGUCUGUUAUCCAAGAUGAUGAUUAUUGUAGUUUAUCACACUCUACACCAAAAGAGCUCGAAAUUCCUAAUGAAUUUAUCUUGGAUGAUUGCAUUAAUGAUCUAAAUCUAAUGCUAAGUGAUUUAACCAAGCUAACUAACAGUCACAAUGAACUCUUAGAAUUAGAGCUCUUGAAUUGUAGUCAAACUCCUACAAAUAUUAGAAGCGUUGAAGAAAAUAUAUGCACACAGAAUUUAACAAAAUUCCCUAAUUUAAUUAGGGAAUGCAAUCUCCUAUUGGUAAAAUCAUUAGCAGUAUCAGACCGAUUUGCAGGUAUAGAGUCCAAAUAUAAGGAGAUACUACACAACUUACAGAAAAAUCAAAAGCAUUAG